AUGGAAUUUCGGAAAGAAGAGUUUAAGAAGUUCGCUGGGAGGACCUUGGGGCAGAUAAACAGGGUCCUCGAACGGAAACAGCCAGGUGGGGAGACCAUCGAGCUGACUGAAGAGGGACGACCUGUCGAGGUGACUGAGAAGCACCAGCCAGUCAUCGACUGCACCUGCUUUGGCCUCCCUCGCCGCUACAUUAUUGCCAUCCUCUGUGGCCUGGGCUUUUGCAUCAGCUUUGGCAUCCGGUGCAACCUGGGCGUGGCCAUCGUCAGCAUGGUCAACAAUAACACUGUCUAUGAAGGGGACAAAGUCAUUGUGAAGAAAGCAGAGUUCAACUGGGAUCCCGAGACAGUGGGCAUGAUUCAUGGAUCCUUCUUCUGGGGUUAUAUCGUCACCCAGAUUCCAGGGGGGUUCAUAGCACAGAAAUUUGCUGCUAACAGGGUUUUUGGCUUUGCCAUCGUAGCAACAUCUACUCUGAACAUGCUGAUUCCAUCAGCUGCACGGGUCCACUUUGGUUGUGUUAUCUUUGUGCGGAUCCUUCAAGGUCUUGUGGAGGGGGUCACCUACCCAGCAUGCCACGGUAUCUGGAGCAAGUGGGCACCCCCCUUGGAACGCAGCCGUCUGGCAACAACAGCCUUCUGUGGCUCCUACGCAGGAGCUGUGGUGGCCAUGCCUCUUGCUGGGAUCCUAGUCCAGUAUUCAGGGUGGAGCUCUGUGUUCUAUGUCUACGGCAGCUUUGGUAUCUUCUGGUACUUAUUUUGGCUGAUGGUUUCUUAUGAGAGUCCUGCGCAGCACCCAACAAUCACAGAAGAGGAGAGGAAGUACAUAGAAGAAAGCAUUGGAGAGAGUACCAGUCUUAUGAAUCCCCUUAUGAAAUUCAAAACGCCAUGGCGCAAGUUCUUCACAUCCAUGCCUGUCUAUGCCAUUAUUGUGGCCAAUUUUUGCCGGAGCUGGACCUUCUAUUUGCUCUUAAUCAGCCAGCCAGCCUAUUUUGAAGAAGUCUUUGGCUUUGAAAUCAGUAAGGUGGGCAUGCUGUCAGCUUUGCCUCACUUAGUCAUGACAAUCAUCGUGCCCAUUGGGGGCCAAAUCGCUGACUUCCUGAGAACACGGAGGAUCAUGACUACCACAAAUGUCCGCAAGAUGAUGAACUGCGGGGGUUUUGGCAUGGAAGCCACACUGCUCUUAGUGGUCGGUUAUUCCCAUAGCAAAGGCGUCGCAAUAUCUUUCCUUGUCCUGGCUGUGGGUUUCAGCGGUUUUGCUAUUUCAGGGUUUAACGUGAAUCACUUAGACAUUGCCCCCCGAUAUGCCAGUAUCCUUAUGGGAAUCUCCAAUGGCGUGGGGACCCUAUCGGGUAUGGUGUGUCCACUCAUCGUUGGAGCUAUGACCAAACACAAGACCCGGCAGGAAUGGCAGUACGUUUUCCUCAUCGCCUCUCUAGUGCAUUACGGGGGCGUCAUCUUCUAUGGGAUUUUUGCCUCCGGGGAGAAGCAGCCAUGGGCCGAGCCAGAACAGCUCAGUGAGGAGAAGUGUGGCUUUAUCAAUGAGGAUGAACUGGCCGACGAGGAGGACGAGGCGGCCCGGAUGGCAGCAGGAGGGGGCGGGGGAGGUGGGGGCUAUGGCGCCACCAAAAGCACCAGCUUUGCCAAUGGAGGCUGGACAGCAGAUUGGGACAAGAAGGAAGAAUACAUACAGGAACCUGGCAAAGAUUCAUAUAUGUAUGGCACACCGGGAGAGCGGGACUUAUUGUAGAGAUGCCCCAUCCCUCCUCCCUCAUGGGAGGCCGGGACCUUGGUUCAAUCCUCUGGAAUGUGGGGAGAAAACCUGCAUUUAGGUUGCUUCCCCACCCCUUUCAUUUUACCACCCUUUCCCUAUCCCCCUCAGUUCUGGUGCAUUGGUACAACCAUCUGGACCCACUGAAAACUGUCCCCUCAGACUCAUCGGCCUUGGUGAUAGCCCAAGAGCACACACUCCACACCCGCCUCUUUCCUUUUCUACAAGCUUCAGUGCGUUGCCAUAACAGCAACCGCAUCACACACACCAUCCACUCUGACACCCCCCCCCAGUUGUAGUGCUUUGGUAUGUGGAAUAUGGGUACAAGGGGGCAGAGUGAAAUUACACAUGCACACACACAUCCUGAGCCCCAAUGAAUAGUUUUGGACACAAUGCAACAAUAGUGUAAUAUGACCUAUGGCACUGACGUUGGCCAGGUGCCAGAGCCACAAGGCAGGGGUAGAACACAUGUUUUGCAUGCAUAAAGUCCUAGGUUCAAGCCCUGGUGUCUCCCCAUUAAAUGAUGUCAAGCAGCAGCUUUGGGAAAGGCUGCUGCCUGAGUCUUGGAAGGCCACUGCCGGUCAGAGUAGACAAUACUGGCCAAUAAUGGACCAAAGGUCUGACUCUGUGUAAAGCAGCUGUGUAUAUUUAACAUUCCCCUUGUUGCUCCUCCCCCUGGGAUGGAGCUCAGUUCAGCUGUUUUGUCCCACUCUGCAGCUCACUGCUGCAGCACCUGAGACCGACCUUGACCAUCCUGGUGCCCUCCAGAUGUUUUGGAGUACAGCUCACACCAUUCUGAGCCAGCAUGACUGGAGUUGUAGUCCAAAACACCUGGAAGGCACCGGGUUGGCAAAGGCUGCCUUGGGCUAUGUCUCAGGCCACUCUCUUUCUUAGGAAUAAAUCAAAUAUUUUCCCCUGGAAAUAAUUCUGGGGAGCUUUAAUCCAUGAGGGGCAGCACAUCUUAUGCCUUCAGCAUCCAUGCGCCAAGAAUGACCCUGCACUGCGGAGGCAGGAGCAACUCACCUUGGCCCUAAGGCUGACCACUUGCUCACAUGCUGAGCACUAGAGAAGGCAUGUUUCCAAUGUGACACACAUCUAGCCUCUCCGAAAAUGCUCACAAACCAUUUUGAAAUACGCCACAUGCUUUUCAUUGUAAUUUCCCCCCCCGAGCCACAAAUGCUUUCACUGAUACACUAGUUGACAUUGUCUCAGUGGAAAACUGGCAAUGCACAAGAAUUUCAAAUGACUUUCCCAAAAUACUUGGUCAUUGGUAGUUUCAAGAGCCCUUCCUUUCCCCCCUAUAAAAAUAACUCUCCACAAACUCUAGAAAUGUGUUCACACAUUGUUGUUAU